AUGAUUAACCGACUUUUUCCGGUGUCAGUCGGUUGUAGAGAUCAGUGUUAUCCGUUCGCAGGAGGAAGACGCGACCGGCCACCCCACUUACGAGGUAAGCCAAGCCUACCGGUGAAACGAGAUCGUUCACCAGAUUUCCUCCCAUCGAUCGACACUUUGCCAACAAACCAUCGCUACUUACGACUACAUACUUGACGCAAAAGAGUUUGCUGCAAUUCAGUAGUCGAAGUUGCAGGGAGUGUGCACAGCCCGCAGUGCAAAGUUCAACACUGCCCCAAAGUCGAUCUUCAUCAGUAGCAAGCUUUACAUUGGGCUAAGUAGCCGACUACAAUAUAACGGUCAGCAGAAAGACUCUCUCGGGCGUUUCUGAUAGGCUCGGGAGAAAGGUACUUGAUACCAGCUUCCAGCCUGUUCCACCCCAUAUAGAUAAGAUUAUGUCUGAUAGCUGAGGUAACGAGUCAAACAAAUACGAGGGAACAAUGUAAGCCAUUACCAGAAAACGCCAACUAUGAUCCUAGCAGUGAUUACGGUGGUAUAAGCACUUUUACCGUAGAUAAACCUAGACAGAAUACGAGCUUUGAGGUCGGAUCUGCACAGCUGAGCGGAAGGCUACUGAAGUCUGCCAUUUGGAGCUCGUCUUUAGCCUGGCAAUAGUGAAGAAGCACCAGUGCUCCAAUGAUAUGCUGGUGUUAGUCAUAAUCUUUGAUAAUUCAGAUUCAGGUCGGAAUUGCGGAAGGAUAGAAAGGUAAAGAAUCCUAUCAAGUCAAAUUUCAUGCCCGCUGAGUGAUAUAGGGCACUGGAUCAGAUCUUCUAAGGAAGAUCAUCACUGAUUCAUCAGAUCUGAUCAUCACAAUUAACGCCUCGUGUCUUCCUACUGCACUAAGCAAGCCAAUCCUUCCCGUGAAGUGGGACUGCUUGUUUCUCCUUCCUCAACUUAUUUGUGAACUACACGUGCUCAUUUGUGAC